UUUCUGCGACUGUGAGGCGCAGCAAUACACGAAGCGUCAACAUGGCCGACACAGCGGACGGAAGCAGAGAGGAUAUUGGCGAUGCUUCUGCAGCACAGGCUCGAGAUGAUGCUGAUGCAGCUGCCAGACUGGGUCAGGCUCCUCCACCCUUGCAGAAUAGAGGAUUCCCACUAGGCUUGCCCCCUGGUAUAGGUAUUGGUCUAGAAAGCAAUAAAGCGCAACAGACAGCCACUCAGAAUGAUGGGCGCCCCAAGGCGACUCUCUUGGGUCAAGAUCCUUCCAGAGCUGGACUCAUCCCCCGAGGUAACCUUCCCAUUGUGUCCUCAAUUUCCUCCUUGCUGCCUUCCACAAUUCGCACCCGCCCUACCACCCAGUCUGGGGAUGAAACCAGAGAGUCUGAAGACACUUCCGCAGGUCCUAAAAUACCCCAGAUCCUUGAAAGGAUUCUCCAGUUGAAAGAACAGCGGCAAGAGGAGACAGUAGUGUCCGUAUCGGUGCCCACAGAAGAGGAAGAAAUUGAUGCAGAACCUCGUCAGUACCACAGCAGCUCUGAGAAUGAGGAGGAAAAUGUCCUGCCCAGUAAGAAAGAGAAAAAAAGUCGCAAAAGAAGAAAUCGAAAGAAGCGAUCGAAGAAGCGGGGCUCUGAUCUGCCGCUGGGCGAUGAGCUUAACGAGGCAGCCGAGCCUGAACAGCUGGGUGGUAAAGUGGAGAUAGAGUAUGUGACUGAGGAGCCAGACAUAUACGAUCCCAGCUUCAUUUUCUUCAAGAGAAUCUUCCAGGCAUUUAAGCUGACUGAUGAUGUAAAGCGAGAAAAGGAGAAGGAGCCGGAGAAGGUGGAGCGCAUAGAACCGGCGGCCCCCAGGAAACGUUUUGAGGAGGAGCUGAUGGACAGUGACAGCGACAGUGAUGAUGAUGACAAGAAACUGGACGCUCCCAAGCUGUCAAAGAAAAAGUUACGAAGAAUGAACAGGUUCACGGUGGCAGAGCUGAAGCAGCUGGUGUCCCGACCAGAUGUGGUGGAGAUGCAUGACGUCACAGCUCAGGACCCCAAACUCCUCGUCCACUUAAAGGGAACCCGCAAUUCUGUCCCUGUCCCACGUCACUGGUGUUUCAAGCGCAAAUACCUACAGGGCAAACGAGGGAUAGAGAAACCUCCCUUCCAGCUGCCAGAGUUCAUCAAGAGGACGGGUAUUCAGGAGAUGAGGGAGGCCCUGCAAGAGAAGGAGGAACAGAAAACGAUGAAGUCCAAGAUGAGGGAGAAAGUUCGACCAAAAAUGGGCAAAAUCGACAUAGACUAUCAGAAGCUGCAUGAUGCCUUCUUCAAAUGGCAGAGCAAGCCCAAGCUCACCAUCCACGGGGACCUUUAUUAUGAGGGGAAAGAAUUUGAGACUCGCCUAAAGGAGAAGAAGCCAGGAGACCUUUCUGAUGAGCUGAGGAUUACGCUGGGAAUGCCAGUGGGACCGAACUCACAUAAGGUGCCCCCUCCCUGGCUCAUUGCAAUGCAGAGAUAUGGACCUCCGCCCUCAUACCCCAACCUCAAAAUCCCUGGUCUUAAUUCCCCGAUCCCAGAGGGAUGCUCCUUUGGAUACCAUGCAGGUGGCUGGGGAAAGCCCCCUGUGGAUGAGAUGGGGAAGCCCCUGUAUGGAGACGUGUUUGGGACCAAUGCUUCAGAAUUCCAGAGUAAAAAUGAAGAGGAGGAUAUAGACAGGACCCCUUGGGGAGAGCUGGAACUUUCUGAUGACGAAUCCUCCUCAGAAGAGGAAGAAGACGAGAGUGAUGAAGAUAAACCAGACGAAACUGGAUUUAUUACCCCCGCUGACAGUGGAUUAAUCACGCCCGGAGGCUUUUCUUCAGUCCCAGCUGGUAUGGAGACCCCAGAGCUGAUUGAGCUAAGGAAGAAGAAGAUCGAAGAGGCCAUGGAUGGUACAGAGACUCCACAACUGUUUACGGUUCUCCCAGAAAAGAGGACGGCUACUGUCGGCGGUGCCAUGAUGGGCUCUACUCACAUCUACGACAUCUCUACGGCGAUGUCCCGUAGAGGCGGCCCCACUGAAAUACAGGGAGUGGAAGUGGCACUCGCACCUGAAGAGUUGGAGCUGGACCCAUCGGCCAUGACUCAGAAGUACGAGGAGCGGGUGAGAGAAGCUCAAGAACAGGUCCAGAAAGAAGACUUCAGCGACAUGGUGGCUGAGCAUGCAGCUAAACAGAAGCAAAAGAAAAGAAAAGGACAGACGCAGGACUCCCGAUCGGGGGGCAAGAAAUACAAGGAGUUUAAGUUCUGAGCACUUUACCACCCACCUCUCCAUCUCCCCCACCCACCCCAAUCCAUCUCAUUCUUUUUAUUUGUAAUAAAACCUGUUAUACAGUU